UACAGUUAUAUAUAUCAUUAUAAAAAUAGAUAUUAAUUUGUUACGUAUCCAUGUAUCAUAUCAGUUUUACUAUCAAUGAGAUAAACAUACAUAUUAGAAUUUGAUACAAAGAUACGUAACGAGACCAAUCGGCCAUUUCACUGUUCCGUUGCUCAUUUAUUUCUGUUGUAAACACCGCAUUGAAGUGUUUAGAUUGUUAAUAUCUUUGUCAUAAAGAAAUUAUUUCUAUCGAAUAUUUUUCUAAUUUAUAAUAAAAAUUUUAAAUAAUAAUAAGAAUGAAUAAAGAAGAAACCCUUGUGUUCAUAAAAUUAUAUCGUAAAAAGAAUAUUCUUUGGGACCCAAAACAUCCAAAUCAUUAUAACAAGAAGGAAAAAGAAAAUGCAUGGAAAGAAAUUUCAAAAGAAAGUAAAAAAUCUGUAGAUGAAUGCAAGAAAAAGAUAGAAUAUCUUUUGGCAGCCCUUCGAAGGGAGAAAAUGAAAAUAAAUAAAUCUAUUGGAUAUCAAAGUUCUUGGUUUGCUUUUGAUAGUAUGAAAUUUAUAUUGGAAAAAAGUAAAUAUAUUCAACCAUCUAAUUUGGCCCAAGGUGAUCAAGAAUUUAAUAGGGCAGGAACACUAAAACGUGAAGAAUUCUCAUCUUCAAAAUUACAGAACAAGGAUACCAGUUCCAACCAUUGCUCUCAACAAAUCGGAAUAAAAAAAAGAAAGUUACAAUCAUGCGUUCAGCAACAAUGUUGCGUCAGAGAUCGUGAAUUAUCAACAACUACAAACAAUGUGGUUGAUGAUGAAUGUUUCCAUUUUGGAAAUUUGGUGGCUUCGAAAUUAUGUAUUUACAAUAAUCAUGUACGUUGUUUUAUUCAAAAUGAUAUUUUGAAUAUAUUUCUCAAAGCUAACAAAGGCUAUUAUAAUAAUCUUAACUCUUCACCUAAUCAUAUACUAGAAGAGACAGUUACUAUCAAUCCAAGUUAUCCAUCUACUUAUAUUCAUUCUCCUGCAGCUUCAAUAUCAUCUCAUAAUUCUUAAUUUAUCUCAACAUAAAUACAGUUACUUAAGUUAUCUAAACAAUUGGUAAUAAUUUUUGAUAAAAUAAAAUUA